GCUCGCUCGCUAAUGGAUUUGUCUCCCCUAAGCGAUCAAACUCGAUUGCUUUGGUCUCGAGUCACAUGUUUUGACAAGUAAACAUGGCGGACGAGGAGGACCCAAACACGAAAGUUGAAUCCGAGGACGUUCCUGCAAAAGAAGGAGACCCAGAGGCUACGGAACCGGUGCAAAAUGAUGUCGCAAAUGAUACCGACGAGGUCCAGAUGGACAAACCGGCAGACAGCUCUUGGUCUGCGCCGAUUUUUACGUUUGCUCGUAAAGCGUCGGAGACACUCAGCAUCGGAGUGAAUCAUUACAGUGCGGGGUUAAAGGGAUCUGACACAUCACAGCACACCUCUGACACCUCUGAUCCCAUAAAGACAGCAGCUGUGAAGGAUCCCAUGGUGGUGGAGCGGUCAAAUCUCCUCAGCAUGAUGAAGCUCAGCAUUAAGGUUCUGAUCCAGUCCUCCCUCAGUCUCGGACGCACGCUGGACUCUGAGUAUCCACCUCUGCAGCAGUUUUUCGUGGUUCUGGAGCACUGCCUUAAACAUGGUUUAAAAGUGAGGAAAUCUUUCAUUGGUCAGAAUAAGUCAAUCUGGGCUCCUCUGGAGUUGAUAGAGAAACUGAGCCCUGAGUCAGCUGAUAUUGCCACCAGUGUGCGUGAUAUGCCUGGAAUCAAGACAGGGCUUGGUCGAGCUCGAGCGUGGCUGCAUCUGGCUCUUAUGCAGAAAAAGAUUGCAGACUACAUGAAGGUGCUUAUUAAUAGAAGAGACCUUCUUGGGGAAUUUUAUGAGCCUGGGGCUCUUAUAAUGGAGGAAGAGGGGACUGUGAUCGUAGGGAUGCUGGUGGGUCUGAAUGUGAUCGAUGCAAAUUUGUGUGUGAAAGGAGAGGAUCUGGAUUCUCAGGUGUGCGUCAUUGACUUCUCAAUGUAUCUAAAGGAUUCGCAAGCAACUGAGACCACACAAGAUGAUUCAAAAAUGACAGCCAUUCUUGACCAGAAGCACUACAUAGAAGAACUGAACCGGCAUCUGAGCUGCACGGUGACGGAUCUUCAGGUCAAGAUGGACUCACUGGAGAAGACCAACAGCAAACUCAUUGAGGAGCUUACAGCAGCCACUGACAGAAUCAACGCUCUGUGUGAAGAGCAGGAACAACUUAAACAAGAAAAUUCCAAUAUUCUUCAAAAUAGUCAGAGGAAAGAGGAGGUGACUAUGCAAGACAGCCAGGUGGAGCUGGAAACAUAUCGGCAGACACGUCAGGGUUUGGAUGAAAUGUACAAUGUUGUGUGGAAGCAGUACAAGGAGGAGAAACGAAUCCGGCAGGAGUUACAAAAGGAGCUGGAGCUGCAGAUCGGCAUGAAACAGGAAAUAGAAGUUGCCAUGAAACUUCUGGAAAAGGACACGCAUGAGAAACAAGACUCGCUGGCCGCACUACGACAACAACUGGACCAAGUCAAGAAUCUCAACAUACAGAUGUUCAACAAAGCACAGGAGUCUGACCGAGUGGCCCAGAAAAAGGUGGAGGAUAUGCUACAACUGGAAAAGAAGAUGGUUCAGAUGGAGGCUGUCAUGACAGAAAUGGAGCAGAGACUUCAAAAUUCAGAAAAUGUGCGCAAGAAUUCAGAUGAAAGCCAGAAUGAGCUGAAAUCGGAGAUGAAAGGGAAAGUGAACGCUCUGCAGAAGCGUCUCGCCGACCUCGACACGCUCAGGGCAGGCCUGGAGUCAGAGCUCAGCGUGGAGAAAGAACAGCGUCAGAACCUGCAGAGGGAACUACAGAGGGAACAGGACAACAGCACAGAGCUGCGCACACAGCUUCAGCAGCUGCAGGGCCUGCAGACGGAGCUUCUUGACCUCCGGCAGGAGAAGAAGCAGCUCCAGCAGCUGUGUGAGGAGCAGGAGCAGGCUCUACAGGAGAUGGGACUUCAUCUCAGCCAAUCCAAACUCAAGAUGGAGGACUUCAAAGAGGUCAAUAAAGCCUUGAAGGGUCAGGCCUGGCUCAAAGACGACGAAGCUACGCAGUGCAAACAGUGCCAAAAAGAAUUCUCAAUCGCUCGGAGAAAACACCAUUGCAGGAACUGUGGAGACAUCUACUGCAGCAACUGCUCCAGUAAUGAGCUGGCUUUGCCCUCGUACCCCAGACCCGUCCGUGUAUGUGACGUCUGCCAUUCCCUUCUGCUCCAGAGGAGCCCCAGCGCCUCCUGACACUGCUGAUCGU